AUCUGAAACCCUAGUUUGCUUCUUCUUCAGUUGUUGCCUUUUAAACUGAACCAACGAACACAGUAAGCGGCAUAUGUAAAUCUGAGAGAUAAAAAAUGGCGAUUGAUCCGAUGCAAAAAUCAAACAAGCUUCGAUGGGGAGAAAUAGACGAAGAAGAAGGCGACUUUGAUUUCCUUCUUCCGCCUAAGCAAAUGAUUGGGCCGGACCAGAACGGUGUAAAGAAAGUGAUUGAGUACAAGUUCAACGACGAUGGCAAAAAGGUCAAAAUCAUUACCACGACCCGUGUUCAGAAGCGAGCUCUGACCAAACAAGCCGUGGAGCGGCGGAGCUGGAAUAAGUUCGGAGACGCAGCCAAUGAGGAAGCCGGUAGCUACCUCACAAUGCGUUCAACAGAGGAUAUCAUCUUGGAACGAAUUAGAGCUCCUGGUAGCAACGCUGAACAGUCGACGGUAUCAGGAGAUAGCAUGUCUCAGUUAGGCAAACCAGGUGCGGUCCUCAUGGUCUGCAGGUUAUGCCACAAGAAAGGUGACCACUGGACAUCAAGAUGCCCACAGAAGGAUCUCUUAUCCUUAAUGGACGAGCCUUUAACAGCAGAAACUUCUACAACGAGCAUAGCUGGAACUGGAACUGGCAAGGCUGCUUAUGUCCCGCCAAGUAUGAGAGAUGGUGCAGACAGAAAAGUUGCUGGUUCAGACAUGAGGAGUAGAAAUGAUGAGAACUCUGUCCGUGUGACUAAUUUGUCUGAAGAUACCCGUGGACCGGAUUUGAUGGAGUUGUUUCGUCCGUUUGGUGCUGUAAACCGUUGUCAUGUAGCCAUUGACCAGAAGACGAGCAUGAGCAGAGGAUUUGGAUUCGUCAAUUUUGUGAGCAGGGAAGAUGCACAGCGAGCAAUCAACACAUUGAAUGGCUAUGAGAUGGGAAACAAGGAUUCGAAAGGCUCUUCUUCUACAAUCAAUCCGAAAGAGGAGAUUGCUGCUGCCCCUCAGCCUCAACAGCAACCUCAGUCACCGCAAUUGAUCCGAAAAUCGCAACCACAGCAGCCAUUACCACCACCCUCAUCUGAGAUGCCUCUUCUCUAUCCGUGUUACACAAAAGAAGACUACGAGAAAAUGAGCGAAGAGAAAAUCGAUAUGCUCUUAGCGACUUACGGAAUCAUGACAGUCCCUGGUGAUUUGGCUAACAAGAGAAACUUUGCUUUUGAAACCUUUCGUUGGGAUCAUAAGAACAAUCACCCCAAAGCUUAACAACUACUUGUAUAGUAUAAUGAAACUAACGUUUUAUG